UGAUCGUCAUUUCAUCACCAUGUCUCAAAAAAUCACCACCAAGCAAUGGAUCCUCGAAAACCGGCCCACCGGCGAACCCGUCCUUGACGGCCCCUCGCCGACAUUCAAGCUCGUCACCACGGAACUGCCGCCUCUGGACGACGAUCAAGUCCUCUGUCGCGUCAAGUACUUCUCCAACGACCCCGGCCAGCGCGGCUUCUUCCACUCGACCGUGACCAACGACCGGCUGUACGUCCCGCCCGUGCUACCCGGCACGCCCAUGCGGUCGGGCGUCAUCGCCGAAGUCGUCGAGUCCACCGCCGCCACGAUCCCCAAGGGCCAGCUCGUCAUGACGCUGCACCUGGGCUCCUGGAGCGAGCACCUCAUCCUCAACGCCGCCGACUGCCAGCUCAUCCCCGCCGACGGCGUCGCCGGCCUCCCCAUCACGCAUUUCCUGGGCGCGUUCGGCGGCCCGGGCCUCACGGCCUACUACGGCACGAAGGUGAUCGCGGCCGUGCAACCGGACGACGUGUUUGUUGUGUCGGCGGCGGCGGGCGCCACCGGCUCCAUGGCAGUGCAGAUCGCGGCGAAGCUGAUCGGGUGCAAGCGCGUCAUCGGCAUUGCGGGCAGCGAGGCCAAGUGCGCGUGGGUCAGGAGCCUGGGCGCGCACGAGUGCAUCAACUACAAGAGCGCAACGUUCGCGGCGGACCUGGCGCGCGCGACCGACGGCUACGUCGACGCGUACUUCGACAAUGUCGGCGGCGAGAUUCUGGACUUGAUGCUCACGCGCAUGAAGAAGGAGGGCCGUAUGGCUAUCUGCGGCGCUAUUUCGACGUAUAACUCGACCGAGCCUACGCAGUUGAAGAACUGGUUCGAGAUUGUCUCGAUGCGCUUGAAUAUCCGUGGGUUUAUUCUGCUGGAUUGGGCGCAUAAGCUUACGGAGAUGAUGGAAGAGCUUGUGCAGGCGGCCACGGAGGGGAAGAUUGUGCUUGGCGGGGAGAGUGAGACUGUUGUUGAGGCGGGUAUUGAGGACGUGCCAAGAACGUGGAUGAAGUUGUUUGAGGGCGGGAAUACGGGGAAGCUUAUUACGAAGUUGUCUUGAUUUUGUGAACGAAUGUGUAUGAUUAUUUGCAGUAUAGAAGGUUUCGUAGACUUGGAUACAAAUGUUCACGUCCCGA